UAUGGAAACCACGAGAAGGAUCUGGACGAGAUCGUCAACUCAAGAUGGGGAUCUGUCAUUUAACUAGCCUUCUCCCAACCUGAACUUCAAGUGUUCUGCCAGCUAGAAUGUCACACCCCCGCACGUUCUUUGACAUAACAAUUGGAGACGAGCCGGCGGGCCGCAUCGUGUUUGAGCUUUAUAACGAUGUGGUUCCUAAGACAGCCGAGAACUUUCGUGCCCUCUGCACCGGAGAGGUGACAUCCAAGUCGAGAGGAGUGCCAUUGACGUAUAAAGGAAGCACCUUCCAUCGCGUGAUAAAAGGGUUUAUGAUUCAAGGUGGCGACUUUACAAGGGGUGAUGGAACCGGAGGAGAGAGCAUUUAUGGGGAGAAAUUUGAAGAUGAGAAAUUCGAAUACGUCCAUGAUAAACCUGGCUUGUUGAGUAUGGCAAAUGCUGGUCCCAACACGAACGGAAGCCAGUUCUUCAUCACGACCGUCCCGACGCCUCAUCUCAACGGAAAACACGUUGUGUUCGGUCGAGUCUUGAAGGGUAUGAACAUUGUAAGACGUAUUGAAAACCUCCCAACCAAAGCGCAGGAUCGACCAGAGGAACCUGUCGUUAUCGCGGACUGUGGAGAGAUUGCCGAAGGUGCCGACGACGGUGUUCCACCACCGACCGAUGGCGAUAGUUACGAAGAAUAUCCAGAAGAUAUGGGUGAAGAGAAACCCGCGGACGACCUAUUGAAGAUUGCUGGAGAAGUCAAAGCUUUGGGUAACGAGAAGUUCAAGAAAGGCGACUAUAACGCAGCAGCAGAGAAAUACAGCAAGGCUGUCCGCUACCUUAAUGCAAUACAUCCCAGUCCAGAAGACGUGAAGGAAUUAUCUUUGGAACAGAAGAAAACUUUCUUUAGUACAAAGACGUCUUGUCUGUUGAACACUGCGAUGUGCCAUCUGAAGCUGACUUCAUGGCGGAAAGCUGCCUCCUCAGCGACUCUUGUCCUUGACUUGGCAAAAUCUCUAGAAAACCAGACAGAUUUGAGCGUUUCAUCGGGCGAUUUAUGCAAGGCGUACUUUCGUAGAGGGCAGGCGCUAGCCAAGUUGAACGAUUUUGAAGGGGCGCUCGUGGAUCUCCAGGCGGCGCAGAAAUUAUCCCCAGAGGAUAAACUGAUUCAGCGGGAGGUCGCUCUUGCACAGAAGGCAAUAAAGGACAGAGUGGAAAAAGAGAAGCGCACGUACGCAAAAAUGUUUGCAUAGUCGACCACUGCUGAAGAAAUGACUGCCUAUUACACUGGGAUUUGUCAAGAUUUACUUGGAAGUAGAUAGAUUGUGUUGCAACCAGUGGUGAUUUAAUCAAUGUACACUCAUGCAUGGGAGUGUAAUGAGAAUUGUGAGGUAAUAAUAAUAUAUUGCUUCAAUAUUAUUCCAUUGGCUGUCCCUGAUAACUCCCUUAUUUAUAACUACAUGGACGUGGGAUCCAUUUAUACCUCGACCGUCUUUAUGCUGCAAUGUGCAAGUCCGCAAGCUCUUCUUCUAUGCUCCCUGCUU